AUGACCGUUGGCAGAGACAUCGCCAGUACCCCUAACCAGGGGGAACAGCCAGCCCGUGUAUACACGGAGAAACUCCCCCAGGGGAUGGACACCCGUACCCACCUCCAAGUGGAGGCCGUGGAGGACAAGGAUGGGCCGUGGACGGUGGCAACCGGACAAACGACUCGUACCCAUUGGGAGUCGAUUAGUAGCCGUAAAUUGAGCCCUGCUGAUAGGGUCAGCGUGGAAGUAGACCAGGUGCGUGGACAAAUAGAGGACAUAACCUCCAUUGUGGACAAAGCUGCAGCUUCAAUGUCGCCUGAGGUGCUACGGCUCAUAGCUGACAGAUAUGCCAGCUUGGCCAGCGCUUUGGAACAAAGGACCCCAGCCCUGAGACCGGAAUCCCCGACUGACACUACUCCUGAGUCUAAGGAUGAGUCAGAAGCGAUCGGUGGAGCAGCGGAAAAAUCGGACGCCAAACCGGGGCCCGAUGACAGCCCCGAGAGCGAGCCAGAGGGCUCGGAUGGACACCCCUACCACCUGGGAGAAGCUGAGUGGUCGGAGGAGACUCAGGAACCGGAAAAUCCGUUGGCCGGUCCCUCCCAAGAUAAGGGAAAGGGCCCUGACCCCGGCAACUGGGGCGGAAUAAACAUAUCCGAAAGCGAGCUGGAAUAUCAGAGAGAUGCCUGGAAAGCAUUCAAAUUAGCCUGUGAGGAGCAGGACGAAGGGAAGCACAGACAAAGCCCGGUGGUGACUUCGGUCGGCGAGGAGAUGGGAGCGGUCGCCAGAGACCAAGGCCUGUUCAUGCGCGAAUUCAAGCGAAUGAGGGAAAGGCUGGCUGAGCUGGAAGAACGAGAGAGCCUGAGGAGGGCAUCUCGACCAGCAGAAAGCUCGCGUCGGGCCAGCGCCAAAAUAUCCACUCUCCUUUGCCCGAAGAUCGUUAAAAAGCGGUCGCCCUCGAAGACAAAGCCCAAUGGCUUUGUAAUGAGCGUGCUGCGAGGAGUAAGUCUUCAGCCAUCUGAUGAUAGCGGGUCCAGCCCUGACCCUUCCUCUGGAGACUCAGACUCGGAGGGAGGACCCACCGAUAGUUCAUCUGGUGAAUCAGGAUCAGAAUACGGGUCUUCGGAUUCGAGCUCGGAUUCAGAGAGCUCUGACUCUGACUCUAGCGGCCCUCGCUCCAAGAAGAAGCCAUCCAAGACGAAAAAGAAGUCGAGCAAGCAAGCCGGGGGAAAGAUGUUGGUUAAGCCUAACCCCCCUGCUUGCUACGAUGGAUCUGAGAACGCCGACCUGUAUACCCAGUUCGUGGAUGAGUCGAAUAGAUACUGUGGAUUGGGGAACGUACCAAAGGCCCAUUGA